UGCUCCAGCCGCCGCCCGCCAAUGAGGGUUGCAGCGUUGCCCAAAAUCUAACUGUCAAACAAACGCACAAACGGCAUUCAUCUUUUCACAUGAAAUUUGUAGCAUUUAAAUGACUGGUCAGCAGCAGAGGAACCAUCUUUCAUUUCUUUUCUUUUCCUUGUUUGAUUCAUUAAACGAAGAAUCCUAAUUCGAAGAUAUCUUAAACUUAAUCAAUUUUUUUUUGUGCCCCCCCAAAAAAAGCCAGAAAGAAAUAGUAUUCAUUCCGAGUUUGGCCUCUAGGAUUUGGUAUUGCCUGGUUGACGGAUUUCCAGAUGGACGCUGCUGAGGCUCAUCGAGGUUCGUUAGGUCAAGCGGAGAUUAAUUGGGACAAGCUUGACAAAAGCAAAUUCUAUGUUGUUGGAGCUGGAAUAUUUACGGGUCUUACGGUUGGACUAUAUCCUAUAUCAGUUGUGAAGACUAGGCUGCAGGUUGCUACAAAAGAAGCUGUAGAGAAGGAUGCAUUUUCUGUCAUAAAAGGAAUAUUAAGAACAGAUGGGAUUCCUGGAUUGUACAGAGGUUUUGGUACGGUCAUCACUGGAGCAAUUCCUGCUAGGAUUAUAUUCCUCACUGCAUUAGAGACAACGAAGGUGGCUGCUUACAAAAUGGUUGAACCAUUCAAAUUCUCAGAGCCUACACAGGCUGCUAUUGCGAAUGGAAUUGCUGGAAUGUCUGCAUCUCUCUGUUCACAAGCUGUAUUUGUCCCAAUUGAUGUGGUUAGCCAAAAGCUGAUGGUGCAAGGAUAUUCAGGCCAUGCAAGCUAUAAUGGUGGCCUGGAUGUUGUGCGUCAAGUUCUCAAAACAGAUGGAAUUCGUGGAUUGUACAGAGGAUUUGGUCUAUCUAUUAUGACUUAUUCCCCAUCUAGUGCUGUUUGGUGGGCAAGCUAUGGUUCAAGCCAACGGUUUAUCUGGAGGCUUCUAGGUCAAGGCAGCGAGCAUGCGGGACAAGCUCCUAGUCAGGGGACUAUAGUGAUGGUCCAAGCUGCUGGAGGGAUCUUUGCUGGUGCUACUGCAUCAUGCAUCACAACGCCAUUGGACACUAUCAAGACUCGAUUACAGGUUAUGGGGCAUGCGAAGAGACCCACAACCAGGCAAAUAGUCAAAACAUUGAUCUCAGAAGAUGGAUGGACAGGAUUUUAUAGAGGACUCGGUCCAAGGUUUUUCAGCAUGUCAGCAUGGGGAACUUCAAUGAUACUAGCCUACGAAUAUUUGAAGAGGUUGUGUGCAAAAGAAGAAUGACUUUAUCAAGCAGGAUUCCAUAACAGUUGCGUUUUUCCUAGUAGAUUAUAGAUCUUUGUUAAAUUUGAUGAGAUUUAGAUACAAAAUUGGAGGAAUGCUUACUCUGGGAAGGGACAAUGCAAGGGAAGGUGGAAGCGUGUAUUACCUGCAACAGACCUGGCAACCUUAAAACUGAAAGUGCACGGUUGCCAAUUUUUUCAAAUAACUUUGACGAUGUGAUCAUAUAAUUCUUUUGAUGAAUUUGUAUACUCCUGUACUGGAUGUACUUAUAAAAAUCACUAGCUUAAAUGAAAGAAUUUUGUUUCAUGA